UCAAAGCGUGACCUUGGGGAUGUCCACGUUCGGGUUAAUCGCGACCUAACCUGUCACAGCUGGAUCCAUCUAGACUGCUCGUGAUAGUUAUCGUUCACGACCUCGAAAACGUCCUACGUAACACGUGUUUCCACUGUACCUGGAUCUUGACUGAUAGGAAUCUCUUCUCGCAACCAUAAAUGGAUUUUUAUAAUGGAUUGUUUGGAUUUCGGACAUCUUCCGUUUGAAAUCAGGUCGAAGUUGGCAGAGCUUGAGGUUGAACUUUCCGAAGGUGAUAUUACGGAGAAAGGCUAUCAGAAAAAGAAGGCCAAGCUGCUCGCACCGUAUAUCGAGAGUACAGUGAACCCCAGUCCGCCGCUCACUUCCACCCCCAACGUUACACAAUCCUCAUCCGGACUCCACAUUCCCUGUGGCGCUGUCCAAUUGCCAGGGUUGACUGGAAGUGCGCUUGACCGCCGUCGACUUCAGCUGCGGUCUCCUGCUUCAUCCGGAGAGGACGGUUCUAUCAGUGGCCCGGAUGAUAACUCGAAUGACUGCGAAAAUGGAUCUCCUCUCCACCGGCCACAGAAUCGUCGCUACAUACGAGAAGAUGGUCGAUAUCGAUCUGACAUUCGAGAGGAGGCUGUAAAAGAAGCAUUGUCCAGAAACCACCGACAGCGCCCCGAAGCUCUACUACCUAACAAGCGCCGAGAAAAUGGGCGUUCAUCAGGUGCGGCCACUUACCACGAUGAUCAGAAUGAUUCCGAAGACGACUUAUCCUCUGAGGCCUCGGGACCCGGUUUGCAACGGUUAGGCCCCGGACCAUCCCAUAGCAGUCUUACCACACCAGUGCCCCAUCCCGCCUCCUCCAAUUACCAGAAUGACAUCACUACCCCAACGAGCUCCGUCGCUGCUGUAACUAAUCACCUUCCUACGCAUCCCCAUACGAAUGGGACGGCAGAGAAUUUUAACCACAUGCUGCCCGUAACAGAUUUCUCCUCAGGUCUUCAUCUCAACAAGCCGCGAUUAGACAACAAUCUGGUGCCAAUGUCAAGCACAAGCACUUAUAUUCCGGAACCGGUUGGCAUGUGUUCUGCAGACUCAUUUGAACAGCUGGCCGCUCAAGCAGCCGCACAGUUGAAUCUCGUUUCACCUGAAUUCGCGUCUGUACCACAGCAACCCCAGUACCAGACCAACUCAGAUCUUCCUCCCACUUCACAUGGGCAACCAUCCAUGUGGAACAUCAACGCAACCGUUUCAUCCUCCGCAAUGUACAGCAAUGUUCCUCCCGAACACUUCACCUCUACUCCGCAUAAGACUCCUGUGUUUGGUGGCGUGAAUGUUUUACCUCCCAAUACCACCAUACCAGCCAGUCUAUUUCCUCCCACCAGUGCUGGUCACCACGACCCCUCAUCUCCUUGGCUAGAAUCCGGACAGCCCAUGGAAAGUACCUUUUCUUCAGCUAUGAAUCUGCCCUCGGCAGCCAGUUUCCAAAACACUGACGCUGCUGAACAUUCAGACCAUGCUUCAUCACAUCGCGACUCCGGUGUUUCACAACCCGACCGUUCCCAACUCGGUCUGAUAUGCCCAAACCGCGUGUCUGAGAAGAUUCAGCAACUUGUGAAUACCCUGAAACGACCAAAACGUCGUCCGCUACCCGAAUAUUUUCUUGACGAGGAGGAUCAAGUUUUAGUUCGGCCGGUGGUCGAUCCGUCCGCACCACGUCCACACGGUCCUCCGUCACAACCUUUGCGCGGUGAGGAACUCGUGGUUCCUUCAGGAUUGCCCCGUAACCUAGAGUCCGCUUUACAAAGGUAUGCCGGUCUGAGCUGCAAAACACCUGUUCUAACCUGUUUGGAUGUCGGUGGCCGCCCCACACAAGUACUAACCUACGCCAAACUGCUUCAGCGCUCCAUUCGAAUCGCCUAUAUGUUAUUGAACAAAGUUGGGCAUAGGGGCGAACAAAGUCUGAAACCGGGUGAUCGCGUGGCUUUGGUCUAUGCGAAUAACGAACCAAUCAGUUUUUUUGCUGCUUUUUACGGAUGCAUAUUGGCCAGCGUUGUCCCGAUUGCCAUUGAAGUCCCAUCUGCACGACGGGACGCCUCUUGCCAGUCAAUGGGUUUUCUUCUGAGCAGUCAGAAUGCGCGUAUCGUCCUAGCCAGUGAACAGUGUUACAAGGCGUUACAGCGUGGUCCUAACGGAGAUAUCGUCACCCACGCCGGUUGGCCUAAUGUGACAUGGAUCAACACGGAUCAUCAUGGCGGUGGUAGCAAGCCACCCAAGGACUGGACUCCACCAGAUAGACUUCCAAAUGAAGAAAGUCUGUAUAUGGAAUUUGUCUAUGCUCCUUUCCUAACUAUGGUCUUCGUUCUACUAUGGAUUCGGUUAAUUGUUCUUGUUCGGUUUCGCCCCCAGUACACAUUCAGUAAAGAUGGCAGUAUACACGGUGUGAUGAUCAGUCGUCGCGCUGCACUUGCGCACUGUCGGGCCUUGACGGUGGCCUGUCACUACUCCGAAGAGGAUGUCGUCGUCUGUGUCGUGGAUUGCCGAAGGGAGAUCGGCUUGUGGCACGCUGUGCUCACUAGCAUUUUCAACGGACUCCACGUUAUUUUCGUUCCUUAUUCUGUGAUGCAAGUCGAUCCGGGAUCAUGGCUACGCAUGGUGACCAAAUACCGAGCCUCUGUCGCCGUCGUCAAAAGUCGUGAUAUGCAUUGGGCCCUCUUAGCAGAGCGAGAUCAUCCUAAUGUCAACCUUUCCUCACUUCGGAUGUUGUUAGUUGCCGAUGGAUCCAAUCCAUGGUCACUAAACUCCUGUGAUUCCUUCGUUCAAAAAUUCCGAUCACGAGGCUUCCGUGCUGAGGCCAUUUGUCCAGCGGCCGGCAGUCCGGAAACACUGACGCUGUGUCUACGACGCCCGGCACAGGUGCACGUCAUGGGUACAACAACAAAUGGUAAAGUGUUCUCCAACGGCUUACCACAUACGCUUACGCAGUCGAAUGCGGCAUCAGCAGCUGCUUCCAGCGCUGUUCGCGGAGUGAUUUCCAUCCACAGUCUUACAUAUGGUGUGAUUCGUGUGGACUCGGAAGACUCUCUAACGUCGUUGACCCUGCAAGACUGUGGCCAAGUACUCCCUGGUGCAUCCGCAGUUGUGGUGCGUCUUGGACCAAAACCUGUACUAUGUCGGACAGACGAACUGGGCGAGAUCUGCCUUACCUCCGACUAUACGGGUACCGGCUACUGGGGUCUUCGUGGGCAGACUGGAGCACACUUCCAUGUUGAACCAUUGAAUGAGGACGGAACCCCGGUGAAUCCCCCUGGAACAGUAACCUACACCCGAUCAGGAUACCUCGGGUUUCCGGGACCUGCUUCUUCGGGCUCCCUCAUCUUUGUCUGUGGUUCCGUGGAUGGGCUUUUGACGGUGGCCGGGAGGCGCCACAAUGCAGACGAUGUAAUUGCUACUGUCUUAGCAGUACAGCCUACUAAAAUCAUCUAUCGCGGUCGCAUUGCAGUCUUUUCCAUCGAAUUGCUCAAAGACGAACGGGUUGUAAUUAUUGCGGAACUGCGUCAAGGCUACUCAGAUGAAGCAGCAUUCACAUGGAUGUCUCUUGUGCUGCAGGCCGUGGAUAGCAUUCAUCAAGUUAGCGUUUACUGCUUGGCUCUUGUUCAACAGAACACACUACCUAGGACUCCUUUUGGUGGGAUCAACUGUCAUGCUGUGAAGCGACUAUUUUCCGAUGGUCAUCUGCACCCCACCGCACUACUUUUGUGUCCGCAUUCGGCUAUCCAGAAUCUCCCUCAACCAAGGCAACUUAGACCCAAUUUGGUGGGACCUUCUGCCAUCAUGUGUGGACAAGUAGUGCAAGGCGUUCGUAUGGCUGAAGCAAGCGGUCGACCGAUUCCUGUGCUUCCGACUCCGUCCGCAUCUGGGUCACAAACCACUCCUGACGGCCGUUUUAUCAAGACGUGUUCGAAGUGUAACCUGCGGCCCGAAAAGGGAUCCACAAUCUUUUCCAUCGAAUUGCUCAAAGACGAACGGGUUGUAAUUAUUGCGGAACUGCGUCAAGGCUACUCAGAUGAAGCAGCAUUCACAUGGAUGUCUCUUGUGCUGCAGGCCGUGGAUAGCAUUCAUCAAGUUAGCAUUUACUGCUUGGCUCUUGUUCAACAGAACACACUACCUAGGACUCCUUUUGGUGGGAUCAACUGUCAUGCUGUGAAGCGACUAUUUUCCGAUGGUCAUCUGCACCCCACCGCACUACUUUUGUGUCCGCAUUCGGCUAUCCAGAAUCUCCCUCAACCAAGGCAACUUAGACCCAAUUUGGUGGGACCUUCUGCCAUCAUGUGUGGACAAGUAGUGCAAGGCGUUCGUAUGGCUGAAGCAAGCGGUCGACCGAUUCCUGUGCUUCCGACUCCGUCCGCAUCUGGGUCACAAACCACUCCUGACGGCCGUCUCCUGGUUGAGAUCCUAAUCUGGCGAGCGAUACACACUCCGGAUGACCGUUUGUUUACAGUAUACAACCAGAAAGGACAAGAGGCAUCCAGUCUUACUUGCGCACAGCUGCUCAGGCGAGCUGAACGACUAGGCUGCCUUCUUCAGGACAAGGCCAAAGCAACUGUGGGCACCAUUGUCGCUCUGCUAUAUCCACCAGGGCCGGUGUUUAGUGAUCAGGUUAUUCACUGUUUCUGUAAGGAUUCCAGCUCCCACUCUUCCCUGUACUCUCCUAAUUUAGCUCGGCUACUGGUUGAGAUCCUAAUCUGGCGAGCGAUACACACUCCGGAUGACCGUUUGUUUACAGUAUACAACCAGAAAGGACAAGAGGCAUCCAGUCUUACUUGCGCACAGCUGCUCAGGCGAGCUGAACGACUAGGCUGCCUUCUUCAGGACAAGGCCAAAGCAACUGUGGGCACCAUUGUCGCUCUGCUAUAUCCACCAGGUACCGAGAUGCUCUGUGCCUUUUAUGCCUGCCAGUUAAUUGGCGCUGUGCCCGUUCCCAUACGUCCGCCUCGCCUGGAUCAGUCGGGGUUCAACAACUCCUCAUCCACUCCCAGUACUCCGGGUUCAGUUGCACACCUGUCCGGACCAGUAGGUUCAGGGUCUUCUACUGGACUCAGUUUGUUGGGUCUCGGAUCCAGCGCCGGAAAUCAGUCAUCUUCAGGCAGUACGGAAAGUUGGGCGAACAUCAAUUUUCGUCCAGCUGCCCCCAGUUUCGAGGCUUCAUUGGAAUUAGUUUGGAACAUUGUCAAACAUUCAAACGCUUCAGUCGUUUUCACUCAACAACCAAUAGUCAAGUUGCUCAAGUCUAAAGAGGCAACCAGUCGUAUCCCGUUCAAUCACUGGCCACCUGUGCUCGAUUCAGAGGAAAGUUUUCGCAAAAAGAUUUCACCUCUCCAUCAAACUCCGUGUGUGGAACAGUCUGUGGCCUAUUUGGACUUUGCAGCAUCCACUACAGGUACCGUAACGGGAAUACGAGUCACACAUCAAGUGGUCCAGGCCAUGUGUCGCGCGCAAAAGGUCCAGUGUGAGUUCUAUCCGACACGCGAAGUUGUCCUCAGCCUUGAUCCCUAUUCGGGCCUGGGAUUCACAUUGUGGGCGCUCACCUCGGUUCAUUGCGGGCAUCACUCAAUCCUGGUGCCUCCCAGCGUGACAGAAGCCGUUCCGGAUUUAUGGCUUACCGUAUGCAGUCAGCGGAAAGUUCGUGAUGCCUUCUGUUCUCACUAUACCAUGGAACUCGCAACUCGACACAUGACAAAGCAACUAUCCCUAGUGAAGCCCCGUGAUCUGAGUCUCUCUAGUCUUCGAAGCCUCGUGGUGGUGGCAGAGGAACGUCCCCGAAUACACCUGACCGCGACUUUCACCAAACUAUUCUCGAGUUUUGGAUUGAUGAGUCGAGCAGUCAGUACUUCGUUCGGAUGUCGUGUCAAUGUGGCAAUCUCACUUCAGGGAGCCAGUUCCCCAGAGAGUACAACUGUAUACGUGGAUCGCAUCAGUCUUCGGAACGAUCGGGUAAAAAUGCUGGAAAAAGGUUCACCUCACAGUUUAUGCUUAAUAGAAUCGGGAAAACUACUACCUGGAGUUCGUGUGGCUAUUGCGAACCCGGAUACUCUCGGUCAGUGCGCAGACUCUCAGUUGGGUGAGAUUUGGGUGUCAUCACCGCACAAUUCCACAGAAUUACUUGGGCCGUUCGACAAUGCCAGUCUCAGUCGAGCUCCGGGGACCACUUCCCAGCCGGUACCAGGACUGAAUGCAGCUGAUUCACUUUGUGCACGCCUGGUUACCGGGGACACAGAACGCAUGUACGCUCGAACGGGAUUUCUGGGUUUCGUUCGACGUACCGAGUUGACUCAAUCCGAUGGUGAAUUACUUGGGCCGUUCGACAAUGCCAGUCUCAGUCGAGCUCCGGGGACCACUUCCCAGCCGGUACCAGGACUGAAUGCAGCUGAUUCACUUUGUGCACGCCUGGUUACCGGGGACACAGAACGCAUUGACACUAACACAUGCAUCUCCAAUUUUCUUGCAGAACUACACGAUGCUAUCUUCGUUGUGGGGAGCCUGGAAGAAGCGAUCAUGCUUCGAGGCAUGCGUUUUCACCCGGUGGACAUUGAGAACACUGUGAUGCGAGCGCAUAAGAAGAUUUGCGAAUGUGCCGUCUUCACAUGGUCCAAUUUGUUGGUAGUGGUUGCGGAAUUGGUCGGUGAGGAAAACGAAGCCAUGGAUCUGGUUCAUCCAAUCACAGCCCACGUCUUGACGGAGCAUCAGCUGAUAGUGGGUGUCGUCGUUGUCACCGAUCCCGGUACUGUUCCCGUCAAUCCAUGUGGAGAAAAACAGCGAAUAUUGCUUCGUGACAGCUUCGUCAACGAUAAGCUUGAUCCAAUCUAUGUAUCGUACAAUAUGUGACAAGUGAUUCUAGCCAUACACUUCUUUCUUUCCCGCUUUCCGGAUUCGAAACAACCAACCACCGGUCCUUCAAUCAUUAGGUUCAACUUAUUAACUGCUCGCAGAUUGGUUGUUUCCGUUCGGCCUAUUUGCUCCUAUUAAAUUGAGACAUUCAAAAAUACCGGACGCCAGUGUGAUCUAGUAUGUGCUUCUUCUCCUAUCGUCGCUACUCGUCAUCGCUUGAUCUGUUCGUGCUUUCUACCAUCGUCACAAAAUAAAAAACGCCCUUUAUUCUUAGUAUAACUAAGCUUUUUCAUGUUUUUAUUUAUUUUCUGAUCUCACCAAUCCAUUUCCGUCCGGUUUCAUGCCAAAAACCGCCUGGUUCGUCGCUUGCCUGAACUUUGUCAUGCUUCUGCUACUACUCUCUCAACUUUUGUCUCUGUUUUUCUAAGUUCGCCAUAGUAGUAUUCAUAUUUUUUGUGAGCUGGGGACCACAUGUGAACGCAAAGCCCAGUCGUUCUGUGCUGUGCAUCGUUCCACCCAACAAACGAGCUUCACUCGUCUGUCAUGCGUACCAUUCGCGGAUGCAUCAUCUUCUCAGUACCAGACCAUGUCGUUCUCCCCCCCCCAGCUCACCAGGGAAUCCGGACUUUUAUCAUCCUUGUAUACUUACUUACGCCGCGUUCUUUCUGGAAUUUUCACGUCUGCGGUAGAAAACGAACCAUGUAUUUAAUAAGCAAA